CACUCAUCCCUCUCCUCUCCUUCCUUGGGUCCCACCCACACUGGCCCUCGGUUCUUGUCUCACACAUGCCUCAGGGCCAUUGCCCUUGAGUAGGCCACUUUCUGAAGCUCAUGUGGCUGCCUCCUUGUCAUCACCUCCUCGGAGAGCUGAUCACCCAGCAGGGGCAGCCCUGUCUGUCCCCCGAUCCACUCCCUGUGCCAUCACUCUGCCUUGCUUUCCUUCUAGCACUUCUUUGUUGUUGCUCACUGUUUGUAUGUCUCUCCUGAUCCGACGGUAAGCUCCGUGAGAGUGGGGGCUGAGUGUGUCUCACUCACUUCUGUAGCCGCAGCACCCAGUGCUCACUCAAUAAAUGAUGCACACACAAAUGAGGAGGUGAUGGGUCAGUUCCCUAAAGUUCCGCAGGAUGAGGUUCCUCUGGCCUCUCGACUUGUUACCCCACGUUCCCCUUCUAAUCCACUUUGACAGCUCACCUUUUCUCUCUCUCCUUCCUCCUCCAGACACUGCUAACCAAAAUGGCGAACUUCACACCCGUCAACGGCAGCUCAGGCAACCAGUCUGUGCGCCUGGUCACAGCAACCCAUAACCGCUACGAGACAGUGGAGAUGGUCUUCAUCGCCACGGUGACGGGCUCGCUGAGCCUGGUGACUGUGGUGGGCAACAUCCUGGUGAUGCUGUCCAUCAAGGUCAACAGGCAGCUGCAGACGGUCAACAACUACUUCCUCUUCAGCCUGGCGUGCGCCGACCUCAUCAUCGGCGCGUUCUCCAUGAACCUCUACACCGUGUACAUCAUCAAGGGCUACUGGCCUCUGGGCGCCGUGGUCUGUGACCUGUGGCUGGCCCUGGACUACGUGGUGAGCAACGCCUCAGUCAUGAACCUUCUCAUUAUCAGCUUUGACCGGUACUUCUGCGUCACCAAGCCCCUCACCUACCCGGCCCGGCGCACCACCAAGAUGGCCGGCCUCAUGAUUGCUGCCGCCUGGGUCCUGUCCUUUGUGCUCUGGGCGCCUGCCAUCUUGUUCUGGCAGUUUGUGGUGGGCAAGCGGACAGUGCCCGACAACCAGUGCUUCAUCCAGUUCCUGUCCAACCCGGCGGUGACCUUCGGCACGGCCAUCGCUGCCUUCUACCUGCCCGUGGUCAUCAUGACAGUGCUGUACAUCCACAUCUCCCUGGCCAGUCGCAGCCGAGUUCACAAGCACCGGCCGGAAGGCCCGAAGGAGAAGAAGGCCAAGCCGCUGGCCUUCCUCAAGAGCCCCCUGAUGAAGCAGAGCGUCAAGAAAGCCCCGCCAGCGGCGGCCCGAGAGGAGCUGCGCAACGGGAAGCUGGAGGAGGCUCCUCCGCCCGUCCUGCCGCCCCCGCCACGCCCGGUGGCCGACAAGGACACUUCCAACGACUCCAGCUCAGGCAGUGCCACCCAGAAUACCAAGGAACAGCCACCCACAGAGCUGUCCACCACGGAGGUCACCACGCCUGCCACGCCUACCCCUCGCCUACAGCCCCGGGCCCUCAACCCAGCCUCAAAAUGGUCCAAGAUCCAGAUUGUGACGAAGCAGACAGGCAAUGAGUGUGUGACAGCCAUCGAGAUUGUGCCUGCCACGCCAGCUGGCAUGCGUCCAGCGACCAACGUGGCCCGCAAAUUUGCCAGCAUCGCCCGCAACCAGGUGCGCAAGAAGCGGCAGAUGGCAGCCCGGGAGCGCAAGGUGACUCGGACCAUCUUUGCCAUUCUGUUGGCCUUCAUUCUCACCUGGACGCCCUACAACGUUAUGGUCCUGGUGAACACCUUCUGCAAUAGCUGCAUCCCUGAGACGGUGUGGUCCAUUGGCUACUGGCUCUGCUAUGUCAACAGCACCAUCAACCCUGCCUGCUAUGCCCUCUGCAAUGCCACCUUUAAAAAGACCUUCAGGCACCUGCUGCUAUGCCAGUAUCGGAACAUCGGCACUGCCAGGUAGACAGGCAGGGGCGUCAGAGGAGGUCCUGGCGGUCGCAUGUGUGAGCUGGGGGACCACAGGGCUCAGCUGCUGUGGGGGCAGGAUUUGGAGGCACCUCUCGUGUUCACAGUCGCUGAAGAGGACUGAUGUCCCAGACCCUGUGAGGCUCAGGAAGAAGCUCUGGCUGGAUUCAGAGAGACCAGCUCUUUGCUCAGAGGAGGGUCAGCCCUAGGAAGGGUCUGAACCAGGACUGCCUGACCCCUCUCUCUUGUCCUGCCUCAGGGAGCUGGGGGCACUGGCCUCCGUGGGCACCUGCCCUAUGACUAACCAGCGGGGCUGGAAGAAUGGACAUCUGGAGGGGAGCAGAAGCCAGGACCCCCUUGGGAGGAGCAGAGGCCAAAGCUUAGGAAAGGAGACUCGGGAAGGAGUAGGGUUCCCCAUUCUGUUGUAAUCGGUGCUUUCUGCCCCCCUGCACCCCGCAUGAAGGCUCAGCCCCCUCUCCCAAACCCCACUCCUUGCUGCAGCUACUCAGCCAGGUACUGGUUGGAUGGUGGGCUGGCUGGAGGCCAGGCAGAGUGGGCUCCGGGCCACCCCCUUCUGCAGCACAGCCCUGGCCAGUCAGGAUGGGCCAGCACGUCUUCCAUUCACUCAGGAGCUGAGGCCUGGCCUCCCAUGGUCCCAGCCUGAGCAGGGCACAGUCCACCUGAUUCUGAAGAGCCCUCCCCUCCCCAAGUAGAGGGCUCGUUCCAGGUCACACCUAGUGAAGGAGGGGAUGUGACCGAGUGAAGGUGGGGCUGUGGUGGGCAGUGUUCCCUUGGCCUCUGCAGAGGGAGGCCUGGGUCACCAGAGACAGAAGAGAUGGACUUUACCCAGAGAUUUCAGUGCCAGUGAAGGUGGGGUUUAAGGCUGGCAAGCAACCCUUAUCUUUACUCUCCCAACCCAUAGAACCUUCCGGAUUGGCAGUGGCCGGACCCAAGGACCUUUGCCUGGGAGUGUCAGCCCUAGUCUUGUGGGUUCCUGCCCCAGCUGUGGUGUGGCCCCGGACAAGGACUGAAAGGCUCAGAGGACUCGGGGCAGUGGGGGGCCCUGGAAGAAAUUUCAAAACUGGUCUGCUUUUUCUAUGAGCUCCGGGGAGCACCGAGCCCCCAAGAAAACCACCUUUCCCUCCACACUCUCCCCCUCCCAACAAAUUACCACAGCAAAAUCCCCAGGAAGGGGCUUUUAUAUAUUAAAAAAAAAAA